AAUAACUGCCCAACUUCUAGAAACACGGCACCAACUGCCCCAUCAUCCUCCUCACCACCCCCCUGCUGCUGGUUAACUUAAUCCCUCUCAAAUUCGCACAAAAUCUCCACCCUAAAGGCUGGAUCCUCAUACCACCAUCAUUGCCAUCCCCAGUGAACCGCAAAGAUUUCAUCUUUGCUUGGUGGUAAAGGUCGCGGUGCGCUGCUGUUAAUGGCUGGCUUCUAGAAAGUAGCAGAACGCAUCCAGCCGGCCGGAGUCCGCGGACUCCCCGCCCCAGCCCACACGCCAGCCAGCCCCCUCCCACGCAGCAGCGCUACAUACAAACCGCGCAGGAAUUUCUCCCUCGAUUUCCCUUUUCUUUUUCAACAUACCCGUCGCCGCCGCCUCCUCCGCUGAAUCUAGCUCUCGCCGCCGGCCGUCCGCCCCCAAAUCACCCCGCUCCGCGGCCGUAGCUAGGCGCCAUGGGGAACUGCUGCGGCGCGCCGUCGACGCAGGGGGGCGGCCGGGGGAAGAACCGUCGGAAGCCCAAGGCGAACCCCUACACCGUCGCGUACAACCGCGGCGCGGCGGCGCCGCCGGCGCGGGCGGGGCUGGUGGUGCUGCGGGACCCCACGGGCCGGGACCUGGACGACAAGUACGUGCUGGGCGGCGAGCUGGGCCGCGGCGAGUUCGGCGUCACCUACCUCUGCACCGAGGCCGCCACGGGCGCGCGGAUGGCCUGCAAGUCCAUCUCCAAGCGCAAGCUGCGCACCCCCGUCGACGUCGAGGACGUGCGCCGCGAGGUGGAGAUCAUGCGCCACAUGCCGCCGCACCCCAACAUCGUCAGCCUCAGCGCCGCCUACGAGGACGAGGACGCCGUGCACCUCGUCAUGGAGCUCUGCGAGGGCGGCGAGCUCUUCGACAGGAUCGUCGCCCGGGGACACUACACCGAGCGCGCCGCCGCCGCCGUCACCCGCACCAUCGUCGAGGUCGUCCAGAUGUGCCACAGAAAUGGGGUCAUCCAUCGGGACCUCAAACCAGAAAACUUCUUAUAUGCAAACAAGAAGGAGAGUUCUCCUCUGAAGGCAAUUGAUUUUGGGCUAUCUGUGUUCUUCAGGCCUGGUGAACGGUUCAGUGAAAUCGUAGGCAGUCCAUACUACAUGGCCCCAGAGGUUUUGAAGCGCAAUUAUGGCCCCGAAAUCGAUGUCUGGAGUGCAGGAGUUAUACUUUACAUACUUCUUUGUGGUGUGCCACCAUUUUGGGCAGAAACUGAACAGGGAGUAGCACAGGCAAUUAUACGCUCUGUGGUAGAUUUCAAAAGAGACCCGUGGCCCAGAGUGUCCGAGCCUGCUAAAGACCUUGUCAGGCGGAUGCUGGAUCCAAAUCCAAUCGCACGGCUUACUGCAGCACAAGUACUUGAACAUCCAUGGUUACACGAUUCCAAAAAGAAUCCUGACAUUCAACUCGGCGAUACUGUCCGAGCAAGACUGCAGCAAUUUUCUGCAAUGAACAAAUUAAAGAAGAAAGCCUUAAGGGUGAUUGCUGAGCAUUUGUCUUUAGAAGAAGUAGCUGACAUAAAGAAAAUGUUUGAUAGCAUGGACGUAAACAAUAAGGGCCAACUAACCUUUGAGGAGUUCAAGGCUGGACUUCGUAAACUCGGAAACAAAAUGCAUGAUUCAGAUCUUCAGAUGUUGAUGGAUGCUGCUGAUGUUGAUAAAAACGGCACCCUUGAUUAUGGAGAAUUCGUUGCGGUGUCUAUCCAUGUGAGAAAAAUAGGCAACGAUGAACAUAUCCAAAAGGCUUUCUCAUACUUCGACCAAGAUAAGAGUGGGUACAUAGAGAUCGAAGAGCUUAGAGUGGCUUUGACGGAUGAGGUGGAUGGAGCUUGCGAUGAAGACAUUAUCAAUGGCAUCAUUCAUGAUGUAGAUACAGACAAGGACGGGAAGAUAAGCUACGACGAGUUUGCGGCGAUGAUGAAGGCGGGGACGGACUGGAGGAAGGCGUCCCGGCAGUACUCGAGGCAGAGGUUCAGCAACCUCAGCCUGAAGCUGCACAAGGACGGGUCCAUCAGCGACGACCAGAAGUAGACCGAGCAGAGGUGUAAGAAACAGAAGGGGUGCUCUGUUUCUCACAUCGAGUGCUCUGUCGAGCAGAACUACUGAUCGUGAUCGCCCCGAGCACGGGCGGGGUAUAUAUUGACCAUCGAGUGUCAUGUUGUUUCGCUGUGCUGGGGUUUUGUUGUCGGGGUUUUGUCGUCAGAUUUCACCAGCUCGUUUCUUUCUCCGGUUCUUUGUUUCUUUCACACGGUAAAUGCAGCUACCACUCGAUUCUUGGCGUUUGUUGUUUGUAAAGAAGAUCGUAGCUUGUAAGUAAAAUCGUUUGCAGUGUAAAAUGUACAAAGGUAGCAUGGGAAAUGCUUAACAGAGGAGUCUUGGUCUUGCACUCA